CCCUCGCAGGGACCGCCGUUCCUCGACCUCCCGCUCGGCCCCCCGGGCCCGGCCGCCUCCGGACGCUGUCCUCUCCGAGAUCUGGGAAGGGGCCAACCCGACAAGAUGUGCAAAGGCCUGGCGGCCCUGCCCGCUUCCUGCUUGAGAAGCGCGAAGGACAUGAAACAUCGUCUCGGCUUCUUGCUGCAGAGGACGGACUCCUGCGACCAAGGGGCUUCUCACGGCAAGGCGGAGAAAGCCCCUUCCUCUGCCAGGGUGAGUCGGGAGGAGGCCAGAAGAUGGGCCGAGUCUCUGGAAAACCUCAUCUCCCACGAAUGCGGUCUGACGGCUUUCCGGGCUUUCCUGAAGUCGGAAUACAGCGACGAGAACCUGGAAUUCUGGAUCAGCUGCGAAGACUACAAGAAAACCCCGUGUCCGGACCAGCUCCGCCCCAAGGCCAAGAAGAUCUACGAAGAUUUCAUCUCGGUGGAGGCGUCCAAAGAGGUCAACCUGGACUCCAUCACCCGGGAGGAGACCAGCCGGAACGUGCGGGAGCCCACCCCGGCCUGCUUCGACGAGGCCCAGAGGAAGAUCUUCCGCCUCAUGGAGAAGGACUCCUACGGCCGCUUCCUCAAAUCUCCCUUCUACCUGGGCUUGGUGGGCCCCGCGGGGGGCGAGGAGAGGAAGGGGUCCCGAGCCCGGACCCCGGCCUCCAACUGGCCUGCCCUGGUGUCCCAGUGCGCCUAGGCGACCCCCCCCGAGCCUCAUCGCCCCGUCCGCCCUCCGCGCUUCGCCGAGGAGACCCGUCCCCCUCCCGCUGACCCUCCCCGGACUGCCCCUCCCCCAGCCCGCGGGGGUCUCCGUGCCGUCCCUCCCACCCAGUAGGAGCAGACUGGGCUUCCCAGCUGGGGGGCGGGGGGGGUCACCCUUAAUAAUAAUAACCGUGGUAUUUGUUAAGCGCUUACUACGUG